AUGGACUACAAAGUCAGCGAAGUGUCAGGAGAUUUCACACCCGAUUCCGCUACUCUCUCGGCGUCUUCUUUUCUAUUACGAAGAGAAUAUGUUAGACAA